UAGCGUUGGUCCCGUUGUUAUCCACUUGUGUAGCUAUAACCAUCGAAGAAAUUGAAGAAAACUGUUGACGAUGUGAACGGGCGGUGCUCUUGACAGAAUAGGCUAUAGCCCACGUUAGUUAGUGACAGACCGAAGAUAAUAAUUUAGCUAAACAGGAAAUUAAAUUCUAUAGCAUGACCUCAUCGGACCUUCAGCACAGAUGAGACAAAAUGUUAUCCUUUGGAGGUUAUGUCUAAAAAGAACUGCAGUGAUUCACAGGCAGGUAGCUGCAGUAGCUACGGAAAAAAACUGGAGACACUGAAGGUGCUCAUCGAGCUGCAGCGGCCAAACACGGCAUUAGUCUCAGGUUGUCGUUUCUUGCAUUUUUUCAUAAAGAAUGAAUUGAAUGUUUUUCUUUGGAGAAAACCUGUUUGAUUUUAGCAUUGAAAGCCGAAGAACAAAUGCACAUCUGCAUCGCAUGGGGAUAUUAUUGUUCUCCUGGGCAUUCUUUCUCCAUACUCCCCUGGUCAUUGCCACCUCACGCCCAAUCGAAGUCGACAGAAGCUCCUCCCAAGCUUAUGAGGAGAUCACUGUUCUCUGUCGAAAGGAGGAGCUCCAGUUCAGCUACUGCCUGGUCAACUGGCUGAGAUGCCACUAUAAGAGAAACUGUGGAAGGGAGUACAUGUUGAUGAAAUUGAUCUGCUCAGUGAGCUCGAACCAGAGCAGGCUGGCCCAUGAGUACUCAGACUGCCGCGACGGAGGCAGCGAGGCCAGCCUGUUGGUGUCGCCGCUGGUGGUGGCGGGCAUCGUCAUCGGCCUCGUGCUCUUCCUCUCCUGUGUCACCAUCAUCGUGGGCAGCCUCCGCAAGGAUGGUCGCCUGCGCAACCCACAUCUACGCCCCAGUUACGCUCCUGACGGGUUCUCCUAUGGAGGGUCUAUUGGGGAGCUGAGGUCUACGUGUAUCGAAGAUUUUCCUCCUGUGUUCGAUUUCGACUCUUAUGCGGAAACUCUGUCUCAAGUCAACGUGAUGUACCCUGACUCACCACCCCAUUAUGAAGAAUGCAUGGGGCCUGGUGCAACACAUAUAUACAUCCCCACUGAUGACCCCCCUCCAUACUCUCUCACUGACCCUUGCCAGAGAAGGGACAUGCCAGCAAUGCACAACAGUUUGGCGUUGGAGGUUUCAGAUGGCUCUUCCUCCGCGACAGCUAGGCUGCAUACAAUAGCCUCCAUCUCUCUGACGGCGCUCCCUUUGGAGGAUGCGCCCCCUUACGAAGCGGUGGUGGGUGGCCGAAGCCAGCCCAUCCCCCUAAUUCCCACAGACCUGCUCAAACGUGCAUCUGCAGACACCAGCCCCCAACUGCCCAUCUCACACAGAAACCUUUUGGCCAGAGCAAGUUCGUCACCUGGAGUGCAUCAGUAAUCUAAAGAAUAUAUUCCUCUUUGAAAGAGGUCAUUUUAUUCUACUUGGGAAAUUGCCACAAUGUCUGAAGAGACAUGGAAAUCAAACAGGCAUAUCUACAGCACUUACUCCUUUUUAAAAGGGGUAUAUUUAUUCUACUUGGAAAACUGCCACAAUGUCUGAAAAGACAUGUAAAUCAAACAAGCAUAUCUAUCUGGGAUUGUGCAACGUGAACCUUAAUAAUUUCCUGAAACUUCCAGCAUCUCAAUGACUGUCUGUGAUCUGAACUUGCCCUCUGCAUUAUUAGGCAUUCACCACACUGCCCAGCCCUGCCCACUCUUCCUUCUUCACAUGGAACACUGCCAUGGAAACAGAGGGCUACUGGGGGACCUUGUCUCUUUGCUGUUUGGUCUCAGUCUUAAACAAUUUCAUCAAGUUUAUGGUUUUCAGUGUGAUGUGCAAAGAAAUGUAAUGUCCGGUUUCUGUAUCCUUUUGUCUUUUAACUCAGUAACAUUCAAAACACCAGAAUUAUCAGCAAUGCUAAUAGAUUAAUGUCAAUAUGUGCCUGUUAUAUGCCCCUUACAACUAUUUUGUACUGAGAGUGGUAAAUAAAGCACUCUUUGGCCAAGUAAAAUAAAUCACAUGCAAACAACAAAAAUGUUAAGGGUAUUUGGAAAGAGCCAAUGAAAUAAAGUUUGAUUUCAACAAUUAGAUGCAAUAGUUGUCCCCCUGUACCAGAAAGUAUACUCAUUUGUAUAUCCUGAAGUGCAAAACUGUAUAUUACAUGAUUUGUGAUUGGAAACUAGAAUGGUAUUUUGUAGGCUAACAAAAUACAUUUUUGAGUAAUGAAUACACAUUCUGCAAUUCUGUAUCUGUUCCAAUUAUCUUUACUAUACAUUUGAUAUGGUAUCCCUGAUUUAAAAACCAAUAUAUGACAUGAUAUGAGUGACUACUUGAUUAUUGUUUAGAUGUUUCCUUUAUAAAGGGAAAGGUUCUUUUUGAUCUAGACUAAUCUUUUCCCUCAUAGUUGAUUGAUAUUUACAUGUGAGGCACUGUGAAGGUUUAUGCAUGUCCUUAAUAUAUAAAAUGAUCUGUAGUCACUUGUGUAGCCAACUUUCUACAGAAAAAUACAUAAGAAUCUAUCGGAAAAUUAUGUGUUAUAAAGUGCACAAAACUUUUGUUAAAUUCUUCAUACUUUUGUCUUUUAAACAACGUCCCAUGUAAAACCGACAUCAGAUUCCUGAAACACAUGCAGGCCUUCAAUUUUGUCGGUAUCCCUGGUAUCAGAUGAUGAAUGCCAAUUGUUUGUAAAUUGAAUGUGCGUGUCUGUUCAUGUUGACUGGCAUAAGGACCCAUCCUAGCAAUCCUAUGAAAGUCAUGCUCUCUUCAUAGCCAUGUGCAAAAUCAGCCAUUCCUCACUCCGCAAUGAUGUAUAUGCUGUCUGUAGGUCUGACUGCACACUUGUGUGUCUUUAUACUGUAUAUCAUCAUCAAUCAUCAUCAUCAGACACUUUCAUCAAUAUAUAAAAUUAAUAAUAUGUUUUCCUAACAAGAUUAUCACAAACUAAAACUAAGUUGAAAACUUUGUGAAAAGAACAUUAUAGUAAACUGAAAAAAAUAAAAACAAGAUUUUAGAAAACUCGAAAAUUAACUAAAGCCAGCAAACCUGUCUGAUAACUAAACUCUUAAGAAAAUCCAUGUUUCAUGAAUGAGGCCCAAUGAGUGGAUACAAGGUAGUAUGAUCAUUUUUCAAAGACACUUGUAAAGCCUCACAAAUAACAGUGCUAAUAAAUGUUAAAAUGUUGAGUAGCACUCUUCUGUAAUUACUUGUAUUCACAUAUAGGAAUUACUACACAUAACAAUGUAGCAUUUAAUGUAGGUAGUGGAGAUUUCCUAUGUUAGUAUCCCUUUUAGCUGAUGUGUAAGUGACAAGCCAGUCUUCCUGGGGUCCGCAUGAAACAUGCAGUACAAGAGAAAAAAGUUUUUUUAUUAAAAUAAAAUACAAAUUAACUAGGCUAUAUAUUACAGUAAGAAUAGAAUCUUUACAAAGUAAUGUCAUGAUUAACUAGACAAGUGAAACGUCAUAACAGACAAUAUAAAAGCAACACAAUUUUAAGCAAAGAUUAAUUUCAAAUGACAAAUAAUUUCUAAAAGCAUUACAUCUUACAAAAUAGAAUUAAAAACAACACCAAAUACAAGUACAAGGCACAUAUUUACAAACAUUCUCAAUACAAUGACUUAAGUGAUAGGAGAGAUUCACCUACUCUUUAAAACUGUUUUUCUGUGAAUAAGGCGAAUAUUGAGUAUUGCAUUCCAGGAGGAUACUGCCCUAGACAGUAUUUUUCAGAGCAUUAGGCAUGUUAUGCUGAUGAGUGUCAGUACAGUACCCUUUCUGAUUAAAUAGAAAUCCAAGGCUGAGUGUUAAUGGUGAUAGUGAAAAAUAAAUAAACUGGCAGAUAACCUAGUUGCAACCUUUAGCCACUUAAAUAAAGGCAUACUAUGCAGGAUUUUUUACUUUAAA